UCUCCAUAGUUACGGCGCCGUGAGGUGGCGGCCAUCUUGGAGCGAUGAGCGGGUCGAACCCGAAGGCUGCGACCGUGGGGUCGGCGACUGGGCCCGGCGGGCUGGUGGCUGGCAAGGAGGACAAGAAGAAGGCGGGCGGCGGCGUCCUGAAUCGGCUGAAGGUGCGGCGGCAGGCGUCCACACACACGGCCGACGACGGCGCCGGAGCGGCGAUCACCGAGCAGGAGCUGCUGGCGCUGGACACGAUCCGCCCUGAGCACGUCCUGCGCCUCAACCGGGUCACCGAGAAUUAUUUAUGUAAACCUGAAGACAAUAUCUACAGUAUUGAUUUUACCCGCUUCAAAAUCCGAGAUCUGGAGACGGGGACAGUGCUCUUUGAGAUUGCCAAGCCUUGCACAUCAGACCAAGACCAGGAUGCAGAAGAGGAGAGUGUGGAUGUGGAUAUCAGCGUGGGGCGCUUCGUUCGCUAUCAGUUCACGCCGGCAUUUCUCCGCCUCCGGACAGUUGGUGCCACGGUAGAGUUCACAGUUGGGGACAGACCUGUGUCAAACUUCCGGAUGAUUGAGCGGCACUACUUCCGGGAGCGGUUGCUGAAAAACUUUGACUUUGACUUUGGCUUCUGCAUCCCCAGCAGCAGAAACACGUGUGAGCACAUCUACGAGUUCCCGCAGCUCUCUGAGGAUGUCAUUCGUCUGAUGAUUGAAAACCCAUAUGAGACCCGCUCGGACAGCUUCUACUUUGUUGACAACAAGCUGAUAAUGCACAACAAGGCUGAUUACGCCUACAACGGAGGCCAGUAACUGCCGCAAGCAUGCACACAGAAGGUCCUUUGCUGCCACCACGAGGCACGCAGGGAGAACUGCAGCUGCUGCCUGUCAACACCCACCUUGAACCUGGUCCAGGAAGCUGCAGCUGGGGUGGUGGUGUUGUGUGCACCAAAGAGGUGCCAGCCAGCAGUUUCUUUUCCCAGUAUUUUUCCCCUGGCCCCUAGUUUACAGAGGUAUUAGAGUGAAGUAAAAGAUUAGGGUAAGGUUCCUGGGAUCCAGAUAAAAAAGUGUAUUUCGGUGUAGUCUUAGCUGUGCACUGGUUCUCUCGACAAGCUCGGCUGUCCAGGCACAGCUGUGCUAGCUAGAAGGCUCGGGCUGGGCCAGCCUGCAGGUCGCCAGCAUGCUGCAGAUGGCUGGGCUGUGGGCAGCUGAAAGCAGCUCACUUCCCCUCAUUGCAGUAUCCCUGGUAGUCUGCCCUCCACCUAUGCAUAGUCUUAAGCCACCUGGAAGAAACUUGAAAAGAGAUUAAGGAAUUGCUGAGGAGCCCAGACCGAGGCACUGGGAUGGGAGGUGCUGCCAGACUGAAGGACAGUUUUGAGAAGGCUGCUUCUCUGCCUUUGGGACCUGCAGCCAGUCCUGAGGAAGACCGUGGUCUCAGCUUCCUGGUGCCUUCCUGUUCUUACUCUGGAGGAGCUUGCUUUGCUCCCCUGGCCAUGACUUUUUAGCAUCUCUUGCAGAGGCCCUUGUCAGUCUUGUUCACAGAACAUGAUGUUUCUCCAGUUCAGUGAAGGGCACUGUGCUUUGCUCUUUUUAUUCUCGGACUUCUCUUGGGGCGUUUUCACACUGUGUCAGUGUUCUAGCACCUGCAGUGCGGGUGGGUCUCUGAGGAUUGAUCGGAUCCCAGGCUGAUGUGGCUCAUGGUGGGAGAGGCAUAGUUGCAGCCCGGCCACUUCCUUAGUGAGGGCUGACUGUUUGUACACAGCAAGCCUGGAAGAUGGGCUCUGGGUAGGAUUUGGCUCCAGAACUCUUGAGUCUCUUGCUUAGGAAUGUUUUCCUAUCUGUUUGCCUUUCUGCUGAAGUCAUUCCUGGAACCAUCUGCCAGACGAUCUUGAGCAAUGCAUAUUCUGAUCCUUCCUUCAAACUGCUGAGUGUUUGGAAAGGGCAGCCUAGGCUGAGGCUUCCGCCCAGAACACUGUCCUCAGACAGCUUCCUGCACAGUGAGUGUCAGCUAUCCUCAUCUCCACUGGCUGACUCCCACCCCUUUGGCUCCCUAGGUUGUCUGUGUGGAUGGCUCUAGGACUCUGCAGUGGCUGGGGUCUGUUUGGCAUUGGGGGAAGUGUCAGUAGUAAGGGCAGAUAUGCAGAAAGUAUCUCUGAGGCACCGCCUUACCUGUGAUGAGAGCAGGGUCCCAAAGUGCUCUGGCCAGUGUCACUCUGGGCUUCCAGAACAUUAGUGGACCCAUGCUCUGUAUCUGGCCAGCAUCUGAUGAUACCAUGUGCUGGAAGCGCAUGGAACGAGAAAGCUCUAGCUGACCCUUCAUGCUGCACUGGAUUUACCCACUGAGAUGGGAGAGCCCAGGUGCCCUGUGGCAGGUACUUCCUGACCAUUCCAGUGACUCUCAGAACUGGAGUCCACUCCAAAUCUAGGUGCCUUAAGUGUGGCUCCGCCCACAUGCUGCAGGGGAGCUGCUGGUCCAUUGCUCCCUCCUCAGCCACACGUCAGCACUCUACCUUUCCUCACGUGGCUCCUCUGCUGGAACCUGCAUGUCCUUGACAAGCUUCAGAGUGCUUCUUGCUCUGUUAGAGUCUGGUUCCCAGUAUUGAAGUAGCUACUACCCAGGAUGUGCUUCCUGGCGCUGUGUGGUCUUUGCUCAGUGCAGCCCGCGAUGGGCUGCUGCUGAAUUCUGGCACACUGUUUUCUGCCUGCAGUGCUGGCUUUUGCUUGGAGAGCCCCAGAGGAUGUAGGAGCAGGGCCCACUGGCUUGAGAAGGGCUACAUCCCCUUUCCAGCCAGUGUGGUCUCAUUGAAGACUACUCUGAGCCGCAUGCGCUGUCGUGUUGGUUGGAUGGGGCGGUCUUCUGCUGCUGCUGAAGGGCCAGUGGUCCGCGUCUGGCUGCUUAGGGAAGCGUCUUGCUGUUUGCUGUAAGGAGUUUGAAAUUCCGAUUUUUGUACCUGACUUGGGUAAACUGGAAGUCAUACUUUGAAAGUAACCGAAGAAGCAGAGGCCGAGUUGGAAGUCUUAACUGCCUGGAGUACCAGCCAUGCACAGUGGCUUCCUGUGACACAGUGGAAGAGGAAGUCAGUGCUCCGGUGUAGGAGCCAUGCCUCAAACCAAAAGCAGGGAUCUGAACAGAUGGCAGCUCCCAGGGGGACCUGCCCCGAGCAGCUGGGCAGAAAGAACCCUUCCUGGUACAAGACAGAUCUGCUUGAACUCCAUCUCUGUCCUCUGCCUUGGGACCAAGCUGCCCUUCAAAACCACAAUCAUAGGAGUCAAGAUGGCCAGUGUCUAGGCUGAGAUCAGCUGUUGUCUUGCACACACCUGCAGCUUCACCAGGCCCUGGGCAUCUGAUUUUCGGUUCCUAGGGACAGUGCUUUGUGGUGUCUGGGACGGACCAGAGACUCAGAUUCUCAGAAUGUCCGAACUUCAUGUCCAGAGCGUCAUAGCCACAGGGGUUCUGGCAGAGGUAGGCUCACCCCUUGUUUCAUAAAGAAUCAUGUGCUGUCACUGAAGUUGUGAAAGUAUUUUCCUUGUAAAUCUAUUUUUCACAGACUAUAUGAAGCAUCUCUGUCCUUCCCACUUCACCCAAGAUCCUCAUUCCAAAACAAACCAGGUGAUUUUAUUUGUAUAAGAUGUUAUUUUACCACAAGAGACAGUAAUAAAAAGAUUUUCACAAUG